AUGUGCGACUUCUCGUGCUACGGCGGUCCAAGUGAGGAGUGGCUAGCGGUGCAAGCAGAGUUGCCGCGGCCGGCUGAUCUCGAGCUGUUGGAGAAGAAGACAAUCACAAAUCAAGGUCGUGAAGCAAUAGCAGCAGAGGGAAUGAAGGAAUUUGCAGCCCUAGUGUCCAUACGAGACUUCUUCAUCCCGACUCGCGACGGCAGCACGAUCGAGGCAAGGACCUACCGACCAGCGGACCUGCCCAACACGAGACAACUGCCUGUUUACAUCCAUCUACACGGCGGGGGUUUCUUGUUUGGCACACUAGCCUCAGAGGAUGCGAUAUGUUCGCGCAUUGCUGUGAACACGCACGUCGUGGUCCUCAAUGUGAACUAUCGCCACACUCCAGAGUUCACAUAUCCUACAGCAUGGCACGAUGUGCAGGAUAGUUUUAUGUGGGCUCAUGCACACAUGCACAACCUGGGUGGAGAUGGAACAAAGGUCGUCGUAGGUGGGAUCUCUGCAGGCGCACAAAUGACCGCGUCACUGGUGCUCGAAAAGCACCUUGGCAACAUAGCGCAGGAUUGUCCACCUAUCGCGGGUCAGAUUCUGAUGAUACCCUGCCUGGUAAACAUGGACUGCUACGAGCCACAGUUGGCAAAGAUGAAGGACCCGUCAAUUUCCUCGGUUGUCGAAAAUGAAUUUGCACCAAUUCUUCCCAUGAAGACAGCGAGAUUCUUUACGGAUCUUCUCCAAAUACAGGAUCCUCGCCCUUCAGAUACCAAGCUUAACCCUGGGAAUGCUUCCCCUGGACAAGUCCGCGGUCUCCCCCCAACGGUCUUUGGCAUCGCUGGCCUCGAUCCUCUCCGUGAUGAAGGACUUUUGUAUGCGAAAAUGCUCACUGAGAACAAGUAUUUAUCAGCCAUUCUCGAAACGUCUACCAGGGCUUGGCAUGGCUGA